UUUGUUUUUUUGAAAAAGCUAUUAAAAGAUGAAAUCCCACAAAUAGUCAGAAAUAGAAAGAGAAGAGAAAAGUUUGGUUUGGCAAAAGAAAACACAGCGGAACGUUUCAACGCCAUUUUUCCCGGCCAAAGCUAACUAACUAACUCUUUGUUUUUUCGUUUCUGUCAUCUUUUUUUCUUUCUUUUCUUUGUUUUGUUUUUUUUUGUUGCUUCCCCAUCUUUCAUUGGGUAAUAGGGUUUUCAAUUUCUGGGACAAAGUCUGCUCCUUUCGAAUCCGCAAUGCCCAGAUGGUCGAUUAACAAAAAUAUCAAGAAUCUUUGUAUAACUCUAAAGAUCUGAAGGCUAAAUCUUUCCCUGAAAUUUCUAAUCUUUGAGGAGGGAAAUGAGUGCUUCGAGGUUCGUAAAGUGCGUGACGGUUGGUGAUGGAGCUGUCGGAAAAACAUGUUUGUUGAUUUCUUACACAAGCAAUACUUUCCCUACGGAUUAUGUGCCUACCGUUUUCGAUAAUUUCAGUGCAAACGUUGUGGUUAAUGGAAGCACCGUGAAUCUUGGAUUGUGGGAUACUGCAGGGCAAGAGGAUUACAACAGAUUAAGACCACUGAGUUACCGUGGAGCAGAUGUUUUCAUUUUGGCUUUCUCUCUUAUCAGUAAAGCCAGUUAUGAAAACGUCUCCAAAAAGUGGAUCCCGGAGUUGAAACAUUAUGCCCCUGGUGUCCCCAUCAUCCUUGUUGGAACAAAGCUUGAUCUUCGAGAUGAUAAACAGUUCUUUAUCGACCAUCCUGGCGCUGUCCCGAUUACUACUGCUCAGGGAGAGGAGCUGAGGAAGCAAAUAGGAGCACCUACUUACAUCGAAUGCAGUUCCAAAACUCAAGAGAAUGUGAAGGCGGUGUUUGACGCAGCUAUCCGAGUGGUGUUGCAACCGCCAAAGCAGAAGAAGAAGAAGAGCAAAGCUCAGAAGGCAUGCUCCAUUCUAUGAUUGGAAAUCUCUGUUUUUAUGUAUUUGGUUUCGGUAUAUUAAUCUUCUAUGUUCUAACAAUGAAUGAAUCAAUGUGCUAAUGGAACAGACACCCAAGUCUGAUUGGUCUUUAUGUUGUUAUUAAUGUUAAUGGGGUUUGUCUAAAUCA